CUUUUGUUUCUCUUUCUGACAUGACAGGAUCACGUGCACUGUUGGAUCGAUGUAACUGAAGAAUUUUCUGAAAGGUAGCCAAGGGUGUGUGUGCAGGACAGCGUGUGACCCAGCGUCCAGCAGCCCAGGCUUUAACACACACCUCUGAGUCUCCCCUGGCCCCCACCAGGUGCUCCCGCCUGGCAGGACAGGAUGUGAGGACAUUUCGGCUCCCCCCCCGCCUCCUCCUCCUCCCCCACUCCGGGUCAGGGAACCAGCUGGGAGCCCUGUGUGCCGAGUGUGGGCAGGGAAAUGUUUGAAGUCAAACCCAUGAGUGUGGAGAAGAAGGAGCCCGUUUCCGGCCCCGAUGAAGGCCGGAAGGAGUGCGGGUCGGGCCCGGCCCAGUUUGGGCUGUGCGGGACAGACUGCGAGUCCCUGUAUCUUUACGACAGCCAGGACUGGGUGGUGUCCCCCAGCUGUUCCCCCGAGGAGCCCAGUGCCAUCUCGCCCAUGCUGGCAGAGGAGACCUUCCGCUACAUGACCUUCCUUGCUUUGGAACCCUCCUCCUUCUCCCACCCUGGCUCCAACUGCCUCUCCCAAGUCCUUAGUGCCGACAGGGUGGAGCAGAUGAGAAAGACCUACAAUGACAUCGACGUGGUGACACAUCUGCUGGCUGAGAGGGACCGGGACCUGGAGUUGGCUGCACGGAUAGGCCAGUCACUGCUGCAGAGAAACCACCUCCUGCAGGAGCGCAAUGAGGCUGUGGAGGAGCAGCUGGCGGAGGCCCUGGACCAGGUGCACCAGCUCCAGCACGAGCUGGGGAAGAAGGACGAGCUCCUCCGCAUGGUGGCCAGCGCCUCGGAGGAGAGCGAGACCGACUCCAGCUGCUCCACGCCGCUGCGCCACAGCCAGCCCCUGGGCGCCUCGCUCGCCCUCAGCCAGCUGGAGGCGCUGCAGAGCAAGCUGCAGGAGCUGGAGGAGGAGAACCUGGCGCUGCGCUCCGAGGCGAGUCACCUGAAGACGGAGACGAUGACGUACGAGGAGAAGGAGCAGCAGCUGGUCAGCGACUGUGUGAAGGAGCUGCGGGAGACUAACAGCCAGAUGGUGAGUCUGACGGACGAGCUGGCGAAGAAGAACGAGGAGCUGCUGCGGCACCAGGAGGAGAUGGCCCAGCUGCUGUCCCAGAUCGUGGACCUGCAGCAGCGCGUGAAGGAGCUGGCCCUGGAGAAGGAGGAGCUGAGGAUCCACCUGCAGGCCUCCAAAGACGCCCAGCGACAGCUCACUGCAGAGCUGAACGAGCUGCAGGACAGGAACACGGAGUGCGUGGGGAUGCUGCAGGAGUCGCAGGAGGAGAUCAGGGAGCUGCGCAACAAGAGCACGCCCUCUGCUGGCCUGCGCAGGCACCUGCCCUACGGCCUGUUUCCCAUGGACUCUCUGGCAGCUGAGAUCGAGGGCACGAUGAGGAGAGAGCUGAGCUUGGAGGAGGAGAGCGCCUACCAGGACCAAAGGACUUCACAGAAGCGCGUGUUCCAGACGGUGCGCUCAAUCAACGAGUCUGUGCGCGCCAACCCGUGCCCCCGCCCCAUCCCCGGCUCCGCCCGCAGCAGCGUGGUGAUGACUGCGCAGCCCUUCCAGUCCGGCCUGCCGUCUGCGCAGGCGCCCUGCGAGGAGGAGCCCGCCCAGACCGGCAGCAAGGAGGAGGCGCGGCUGGGUCAGCCCGGCUCGCCGGGAGGAAGCGACCUCGUCUCGGCGCUGCACCGCCUCUCGCUGCGGCGGCAGAACUUCCUGUGCGAGCGGCAGUUCUUCCAGGCGGAGCGGGACAGGAAGCUGCAGGCGCUGAGCGGGGACGGGGCAGAGGGGGACGCCGAGGGCAGCGGCUACAGUUCGCCCGGCGGCAGCGUCUUCUCCUCCGUCUCCAACAUGUCCGACCUCUCCUCCGCCAGCUGCUUCAAGACCUUCCUGCCGGAGAAGCUGCAGAUCGUCAAGCCGCUGGAAGGAUCCCUGACGUUGCAUCACUGGCAGCAGCUGGCCCAGCCCCACCUGGCCACCAUCCUGGACCCCCACCCGGGCGUGGUCACCAAAGGGUUCCGCCCCCUGCCGCAAGACGCCGUGUACCACCUGGCCGACCUGGAGGAGGACGAGGAGGAAGGGCUUCUGAGGGAGAAGGGCGCGUGCGAAAGGGCGGGGGCGGAGGAGGAAGAGGAGGAUGGGGGUAUCACCUUCCAGGUGCAGUGCGCCUCCACCCCGGAGGAGAGGAAGGAGAGAAAGAGUGAGUGGAGACCUGUCCAGCCUCUGACACCGCCCCGCCACGCCUCUCCCACUCCGCCUACAGUUUCAGGCCCCCUUCAUCCCCCCUCUGCCCCCCCUGCUUCUGCUGCACCCCUCCCGCCCAGCAGCCAAAUCCUCAGCACACCAGCACCCUCUUCAGCUCAGAACCCUGGGAAAUGUCUGAGCUCCACGUUCUCUACAUAUACCUUCACUACCUGCCGAAUACUACACCCCUGUGAUGUCACCCAGGUCACGCCAAGCUCUCUUUGCCGCCCGUCGGUGUCCGUGUCUGAGAACACGCCCAGCUCCUUGCGCACAGGCCCCAGUACGCCCGUCACGCCCUGUCGGCUCAGCCUGGGCGACUCCUUCCCGCCCCACCGCUCUGCUGCUCCUCGCGGGUUAGCCAGGCUGCUGCUGGAGAAGGGUAUCUCUGCCCAGGUCUCCACCAAGAGCAACGCCCCGAAACCCGGCCGCCGUCUGCUCCCCAGCACCCCGCCCAACUCGCCCUCCUGCUCCCCCGCACCCUCGCCGGUGCCUUUCGAGACGCGCCCCGCGUCCUCGGACAAUUUCCUGGCCUCUCGCCCCGCCGAGCUCUUCCUCCAGGAGGUGUACGGCCUGAAGCUGGGCCGAGGGCGGCCUGACCUGCCCAGUCCGACCCAGCCACCCCCGUCAUCCCAGAAACAGAACCGGGUCAAUGUUAACCUCGUGGAGAAGGUGUGCCAGCUGGGCUUCGCCAAGGCGCUACAGGGGGCGGAGACGGACGGGCUGCGGCGCCAGGAUUCCGCCACCUUCCUGGCAACGGGCGGCGGGAGCCUCCUGGACGGCCUGCGCAGGAACCAGAGUCUCCCCGCCAUGGUCGGGGGGAGGGGUCCGCCAGUCCGCAGCCCCUCCCACCCAGCCCCGACCCCGACCCCGGCCCGGACCCCAGCCCGCGGCCCUCAUCCCACCUCUCUCACCCUCCCCAUUCCAUCCUGGGGAAACCUGAAGGACCCAAAAGCGGGCCGCACCCCCACCUCCCCCUCGCAAGUCCAGCACCCGCCACACAAGGUCUAAGGGCCAUGGCUGGAGCGAGGCUGGAGGAGGGGGUGAUGGGAAAAUUCAACGCUCUGAGAAUUGACUACUUUAAGAGCUGACCCUUUGAACACUCUCUCUUUGCCACACCCCCAGAAACUAGUGGAAGAAGUUGAGAAGUGUACUGAAAGUACUUGACAGAAGGGAAAGGAAUCACUAAAAUCUUUUAUUUCUUUUAAGCACAAUUAUCAAAAUGUAAAUAAUUUUACCAGGGGUUUCCAUCAAAGUGCCAAGAUCUUGGUAACAUGUACAGAGGGGCUUUUACUGUCUACGUGAACUAACUCGCAGCAAUUCAACCAUCCUUCCUUAAUCAGGAAAUUUUGAUUCUGUCUUCAGGAUCUUGUUUUUUUUUUUCUUUGUUUUCUGUGAGACUCUGAGCGGUGAGCGAUGAAGAAGGGAAAGAGAAAGUUGAUGAAGGUAAGAGAAAGUCAGAAAAAGAGGGUUAGAGGGUAGUGUAGAGAUGGUGGAGGUUUCGUCCAGGAGACAGUUUCCGUUGGAAGAUGGGAAGAAGAGGAUUGGAGGGAAGUGGAGAACGAGAUGGAGGAACAGUGAAUUUUUUAUGGAGCUGACCAGUCUCGCGGGACAGAGAGACAGAGGGUGAUGAUUGUAGUACAGGCAGAGCUCCAGCACGCUUAGCUGUACUUAGCAGGUGUAGUGAGAUAGCAUGUAAAGCAGUGGGGUACUUUGUUCUGUAAAUACCUGACAGCUUGUUGCUUUCCUGUGGAAAAAAAGGUCUGCUACCCACUGCUUACUGCAUUAUGUGAGGUUGGACCUCCAGUAAAGCAUUUCAGUAUUAUUAUAGUUUUCAGUGAAGCUGAGGUUAGUCAUCGCUUCGCUGUCGUCAGGUGGCAUCGGUUUGGAUUGUGCAAUAAUAGUCCCGGACCUACAGGUGCUCUCAGCGAGGCCUCUGACAUUUACACAGCUGGGUACCUGAUCUCCCAGUGGCUGGCGUGGUGGGAUGGGACUACCCUGAGGCCGUCUGUAUGAGAGGUGGCUGCAGGCGUGCGGUGGUACAGCGGGAAGGGGUUUCAGGCUGAAGACAGAGCCCAGUGUUGUUCGUGUUUAUGAACGUGUACUUGUGCAUAUUAAAACGAAGUGUGAAUUUAGACACACCGUGCGCACGGAGAGCGGUAGGACAGGAGAUGGGAGGCACACCGUGAGAAGAGUGAAGCUCCCUGGACUAGAAUUAGACUCCAUUUACCACUGCAGUCAGGUGGACCUGCGGUGCCCGCCCAAAGACAGCAUGGCAGUCAGGUCCAUUUUGUGCCCACAUUGGUCCAAAUCAGACUUGCAGUGCUGUAAUUUGUUGUAGGACAUGUAUGGUUCUGUAUUGGCCAGGAUAGGCCAGGUUGGGUUGGAGGGGGUGGUGGCGGUUUGCUGCAGUGAGUGUGUUUCACUUCUGUGGUUGCUGAUUUUUUUUUUGAGGCUUGAGUCAGGCAGCUUUGCAUUACAGCUAGUUGGUAGCCCAUCUAAGCAAAGAUCUCACUGGGAGUAGAGACUAAGCUGAUGUGAUAUAUUUGAAAUCAAAAAGGGAGAGAGUGAUUGCCUGUGUGUGACCUCUGACCCUGGAGUGACCCCUAUGUGAACCCAUGUGUGAUGAACGGGUGUUAAGUAUCGCCUCUCCGUCCAUUUUCUCUCUAA